AUGGCAGUGGAAGCUUCAAGAUCGUGCAUCAAGAACUGGGGCCAAUCUGUUUCCGACAUAACUCACCUUGUCUAUGUCUCUUCAAGCGAAGCUCGUCUUCCUGGAGGCGACCUGUUCUUAGCCAAAGGGCUUGGUCUCAGCCCCGAGACGCACCGUGUUCUGAUCUACUUCGUUGGCUGCUCUGGAGGCGUUGCGGGUCUCCGUGUAGCGAAAGACAUAGCCGAGAACAAUCCGGGGAGUAGAGUCUUGCUUGCCACGUCAGAGACGACUAUCAUUGGUUUCAAACCCCCGAGUAAAGAUAGACCGUAUGAUCUUGUUGGGGUCGCUUUGUUUGGUGAUGGAGCUGGAGCUAUGAUCAUCGGGUCGGAUCCAGAUCCGAUUAGUGAGAAGCCACUCUUUGAGCUUCACACUGCUAUUCAGAACUUCUUGCCUUACACGGAGAAGAUUAUAGAUGGUAAGCUAACAGAAGCAGGAAUAUACUUCACACUUUCAAGAGAGCUUCCACAGAUAAUAGAAGACAACGUGGAGAGUUUCUGCAAGAAGCUAUUAGGAAAAGCAGGACUGGCUCAUAAAGACUAUAACCAGAUGUUUUGGGCGGUUCAUCCAGGUGGACCAGCCAUCUUGAACCGGAUGGAAAAGCGGCUUAACUUGUCGCCUGAGAAGCUGAGUCCAAGUAGAAGAGCUCUCAUGGAUUAUGGCAACGCAAGUAGCAACUCGAUUGUUUAUGUGUUGGAGUAUAUGUUGGAGGAGAGCAGGAAAGUGAGGAAUAUGAAUGAAGGUGAAAAUGAGUGGGGUUUGAUUCUGGCUUUUGGACCUGGUGUUACUUUUGAAGGCAUCGUUGCUCGAAACCUUGAUGUUUGA